AUGGCUGCGAUGGCAGGAAAAGAAAGCGAAACUCAACUGUGCAACAAUUGCCAAAAAGACAUCCCUCUGGCAAACUACACCAUCCAUGAGAUCCACUGUAGCCGGAAUAUCGGGAUCUGCCCCAUCUGCAAGGAGUCCUUCCCGAAGGCGGAAAUGAGGACUCAUCGGGAGCAAGACCACGCACAGAUUAUCUGUCAAUGCAGCAUGAGAAUGGACAGGGGUCUCUUACAGGAUCAUGUAGCUUUGGAGUGUCCCUUGCGGCCUGUUGCAUGUCAGCACUGUGACAUUGAGCUCGCUUUCUGCAAGCUCCAGGAGCACGAAGAUUAUUGCGGUGCCCGGACCGAGCGAUGCGGCAGAUGCAACCGCAACAUAAUGCUGCGAGAACUGAAAACGCAUCCCGUCGACUGUUGGAAGAAGGCCGGGGGACAGCCAGGCGUCCAGGCGCAGCCUUGCUUCAACUCCGAGGCCCCUUUGCGAAACAUUCAGACCAUCAGCGACUACCUCCUGGGGUCAGAUUCCGCUGGAGAGUCGCCACUGAGGGGCAACAGGUUCCUGGAGAGGCAGCUGCACAGUUGGGUCUCGGGCGAUCAGCUGCCCAGGGAAUCCAGUUGGAGAAACCGAGGCCUAUCCCGGCCAGAUCAGAAUCGAGCCCCUUUGGAGAAGAGAGCCACCCCGCUGCCUGCGGAUGGAGAGUCGGACUACAACUUCGAUUACCUGCUGGCGCUCAGCUUGCAGCACGAGAAUAGCUUGGCUCAGCCCAAUGUGGCAGAGGCCCACAGAGAACUCUGGAAGAACAUCUGUCCCCCCCAGACCGGCCCAGCUGACCACAGUAGCCAAGCAAAGAACUCCAGUGGCCUCUCUCAGGAUUCGCUGCUGGCAGCCGACAUUCUGGACAGGCCCAAAACGGAGACCCGGCUGCCUUGCGAAUUCUGCGAGGAGCUGUACCCCGAGGAAGACCUGAUCCUUCACCAGACAGGCUGCAACCCAGCCAGUGCCUUGGCCUCCUUCAGCAAGAGGAGCAACCUGGUCCCGCCGACAGACUGUCUCAGCAGCCUGUGGGGAGAGCUGCCCGGCAGCCGUUCGAGGGGCAGCGGAGAGACCUUCCCUUUCCAGCCUGGCAUCCAGGACAGCCUCCUGCUCCCUUGCGAGUUCUGUGGAGUCCAGCUGGAGGAAGAGAUCCUGUUCCACCACCAGGACCAGUGUGAUUUGCGCCCGGCAACCGCCCCCCCAAGCGGAAGAACGCCUGCGCAGUCAGAGGCGCCAGUUGUGGAAAGCUCUGUGGGAACUGAGUCUCCGGAUCUCCCCAGAAGACGCAUCCGGCACCAAGGUGAGCUCUCGUCUCAGUACCUGGAGCAGUUCAAGCAGAAGAAGCCUUGUCCGCCUGCUCACGGGAGGAAGGAAGCCCAGGAAACUGGGGGACGGCGAAGGGAGGACCCCCCCGGGCCGAGGGCCGAGUGA